CUGGCAUCGAGGGAACAACAUAAAAAACGGGCAGAGGCCAAAUGUAUUCAGUCUUCUGUUGCAACAGGUUGGUGCGCACAGCAUACGCGUCCGCAGGAUAGCACGGAGCUCGGGAGGUCUGACCAGCAAAGAGGUCCUUCAGGCAAGAGACUAGGCACAGCACAAAGUAAGGCUGCAAUAGCCUUUCUUCAGCCAUCAUCAUGAACGAAAUUUUACUCGUAUCCUGCGUGCUGUUGCUUGCCUCUGCGAAUGGUCAUCGUGUACAGCAACAAGCUAGUAUUUCGAGAGGAAUUUUGCAAGGUAGAAUCAAAAUGGGAAUGUUGCCAGAGGAUUCCCAGAUCGCCGUUAGAUCAACGUUUCCCAAUAUUCAAACUGCCUUGCCUGAAACCACGCCUAUGGAUAUCGCCAGGAAUACCAUCGAAGACAUGAUGGGCGUGGUGGAGAUGGAGGACCCAAAGGACCCUCUCAUGGGCGGGCUAAAGGCUGUUAUGAAGGACGUGAAGGAGAGCCAGCAGAAGCAACAACAACUACAACAGCUUCAGGUCUCCACGAGGCAGGCCGGAAGCGAGGAAGCAAUGGCUGACUCCUUUGAAGACAGAGUGAGGGUGCUCUUGUCUGCCAGCGGCGUCGAGACGGUCCUUCCCUUCGACUGUGGAAGAAACCCCCAGAAUCCAGAAAACCCGCUGGAAGAACCGCCUCUGCCGUGGAUAGCCGCCCUCGGAUCCAGGGAAGACGGGAGGUUCCACUACCGGUGCACUGGGGCCGUUAUAAGCCGCUUCCAUAUCCUCACGGACGCUGAUUGUGUGGCCUCGCCGAACAUAAACCUUGUCCAGUUUAACGUGAGUCGCCGCGUGCCGGACCCCAACGCUAUCCUUAACUACGUGGUCGGUCGUAGGAUUCAUCCCAUGGUCAAAGAAACCGAGGACCUGCUUAGUGGUUAUAACGUGGGGCUCCUAGAAUUGGCUUUUCCUGUACAGUUUAACGAAUACAUCCAACCGGUUUGCUUGCCCGGGAUAUUCGAGACAGCGGAGCAGGAGAAACAGGAACCAACACACGUCGUCGGCUUCAAUGAUAUUAGUGACACUUCCCAGGGACGAAUAGCAACUCUAUACUCUGUGGGUAACUCCACCACCUUUGGGCCUGCUGGCUGCCAGAUCCUGAUCAAAGCCUACAAUGAGCGGUAUCCCAACCAUAUAUCCAAUUUAUUCUCGGUUAUCACGAAGAAUCAUGUCUGCGUUAACAAGUUUUAUGAUCAGAUUGGCAAAUCGGUGGUGCUUCGCGAAAGUGUAACCACAGGGAGAGUGCAGUUGGUGGGCGUUUCUGGUGUCGCCAAUGCCCGCUUGCCCAUCCCUAUUGCCUACACUCAAGUCCAGCCUCAUCGCUUCUGGAUCGAACUUGUCUUAAAGAAGUUUAAAGAUAACACGUCAAGUCGCACUUUAGGCUGAAGAUUCACUGGAAGUUGUGAGGUAUCUUCACGACUCUAUCUCUAGAGUGUAAACCAUUAUUAUAUAUUUUUUCAUCACUGUGGCCAUGAGAACAAAGUGGAAAUGUCAUGCAGAGGAAACAGCAACCUUAGACUAACCACAGUUACUAGCCACUACAUCAUUUGGUUUCUCUUUAACCCAACUGCCCUGGACUUGUGUUCUGUCCCCUGUAUUUUUUUGUGAAUUUUGUUACAUACAGAUGGCUCCACAUAUGCUCAGCUGGUAAGGAGUCUAUCAAUAGGCCCUAGUGACUGAUCCUGAUUUCCCCAUUCCUUUGAAUUGGCAGGAAAAUGUGUGUUUCUUUUUAAUACAGUUGAUACUGAUACUGUUAUUGUUAUUGAGUUAUGAUUGGUAAAUUGUUAUUAAAAUCUUGAUAACAUUUCAGACAAUGAAAUAAUGUAAAAGACCUUUUCUGGAACUCGAGGAAAAGGGUAAACAGGUGAAACAGGUAAGACUAAUAAUUGACUCCUUGAUGACUAAGCACUUGCAGAGCCAUCUAUGUGUAAAUACAAUAAACAAACUUCUAUUACAGUGGGCAUGGCAUGUAUUGUUGCCAUACAUGCUGAUUGGGUUAAUACAGAACAGGUGUUCUCUCUCUUCUACCUCGUUUCUCUAAGGGAGUAAUGGAAUGAACAUCAAGUAUCCUUAAACCAGAUCAGUAAAUCGACAAUACUAUUCACUGUACGACAACUACAAAAAACUCAAAUUAACACAUUUUGUCUUACUCCAUCUCAAAGUUUCAUGCCCCCCCUCCAAGGCAUAAAGGUACUUGACAGAAAGGCUAUGACAGACAAAUUAAAGUCCUCCAAAUAACACUGUUAUAUUUCAAAUGAUUACUGCCAUGGUUAACAUGAACUUUUUAGUAGCCAAAAUUUCUGGUCAAAUAUAAAAGUGGUGUCUUUUAAUAAUCAGCCAGUUGUGGUCAACCUUUUGAGUGCAUUUUUGAGUAUAGUAUAUUGUCACAUCUUUGUGAAUUUAUUUAUUACCUAAAUGAUAAACCGUUUCUUUUUACAUACAAAGUUAAUUUUGUAUGGUUGUCAUAGUAUUACCACUUUUAACAAUGUUUCUACUUCAUGCAGGCUAUAUUACUGUCAAAUGCAAAAUCUCCAAAGAAUUAUAUACCAUAAUCAAAUAUUUCUGACAGCUGUAUGUUCAUAAAGGUGAUUUUAUUUUCAUUAUGGAAUAUGCCUGGUUAUGAGGUUAACAUACAUUUGUAUAUAAUGAAGAAUGAGGUUUGUGUGCGUAUGAGUCUGUUAUAAAUACAUUGUAUGAUAUGCUUUUGCCAUGUUAUUUCUCACCAUUAACGUCCAUUUACAUGUUUCCAGGGAAAUAAAUGAAAACCCUCAUUAUGGUUUACAGCGUAAUUUUGAUUUUAAAGACUAAGCAUCAAUUCAGUAUUCAAAUUUGUUGCUACAUUUUAUAUUCUGUAAAAGCAAGUUAUUUCAAAAUUACACUGCAUAAUUACCUUCUACAAACUUGUCAAAAAAUGGACUAAUGUCUCAAGCAGUUUUGCACAAAAUCCCAACAGUAAUGUUGACUGAGUGACAGACUUUGCAGGUAAAAAUACUAUUACAAUGCUACAGUGCUAUUCCAUCGAUUCCACCUCACAAUACUACUUAAGAUAUUGAUAACACUCAAUGAAAGCCUACCAAGAUAUGCAGAUAAAGUAUUUCCUGUAAUAUGAAGAGGGAUAUACAGAAAGAUGCACCGUCUUAGCCAAUUAUUUAUGGGUGUCACAACUUAUGUCUAAAGUAAAUCCAAAUUACUGCAAAAGGAGUUUAAUAUGUCAUUUAUGUUAAUUUCCAUGAAACUUGUCAAUGAAAUCUGCAAAAUGACAACACAUUAUAUUGAAAAACACAUGGAAUUCUGCACUGCAAGGAUUUUCUUGAAAUUAAAGCCAAAAAAUUAAUAGUUUAAUAUGAUGAUAAUGACUUAAUGUGAUAAGGAUUUUAUUUAAUAAAUAUAUGAUAAGGAUUUUAUUUAAUAAAUAUAAAAGUGCGAUUGGUUCAUUUUAUUUAAAAAAUGCAAAAAGACAUUCAAGUAGUAUUGCACAGCUGUUUGGAAUGUUACAAAAAAAAAAAAAUUCUAACCACUACAUUUUCCAGCAAAGACAGAAACUGCACUGAACCUGCCAACAAGAUUGAAUUCUCUUAUAUUUGGAUAAACUUCAAGAUCGGACAUGUAAUUCAGAUCAACAAAAAGUUACAAAGCCAAUAAGAAAUUCUAGGUUUCAUUUUCAAUCUCACCACAUGUUAAGUUAUAACAUAUACACACAUACUAGCAACCAAACUAUAAAAAAUAUAUAUGAUUAAAAAAAAAAGCUAACAUUUAACAUAAAGACAUGUUUAUUCAGAUCUGAAAUCACAGUAAAAUAAGAUUAAUCCUACAAAGGCAAUACAGAUGCAAUGCCACAGUGGGUCUGUACUUGUCCUGUGUGAAGAGGUGAACAAAUGGGAUCCUAAAAGUAGACCAUGACUGAUGUUACAAUGAGCAGUCUCUCACAUACCAAAACCUAUUUCCCGCAAAAGCACUGCAAAAGCACUGCCAUAGCACUGCCAUACCCUUGAAUGGGAGGUUCUCAGGUGUAAAAUCUUACAAAAGCUUCGUCAUGUAGGGGCUCUUUGCAGCAUCAUAUUAAGUAGGCCUGCUACUCUAUAAAAAAAAAAAAAAAAAAAA